AUGAACGGGUGGGUGAACCCUGUGCUGAAUACGGGCGUUUACAAAACCGGAUUUGCGACUGAGCAGGGGAGUCAUGAGAAAGCGUGUAUCGAAGUCUUCGAGGCAUUGGAUCGGGUUGGGGAUAUUCUAGCUAACAGCAAGGGAGAGUACUUGUUUGGUGAGCACAUUACGGAGGCAGAUGUGCGGCUUUAUCCUACGAUUGUGGGGUUUGAUACAGCCUACUAUACGCUGUUCAAGUGUAACCUGAAGAUAAUAAGGCAUGAUUAUCCGAAGAUCCAAAGGUGGCUAGUCAAUCUGGACGGGCAGAAGGGUUUCGGGGACACGACGGAUUUUGAACACAUUAAGAAAGGCUAUACUUUGACACCGCGGAACAAUCUUGUGCUUUUGGGCCCGACGCCGGAUAUGCUCCUGGCAGAGAAGUAG